UCCUGAGGGGAGGAGGCGAGUCGGGGGCCGGGCACUGAGCUCUUUGGCGCCCCCACCCCCAUUUUCGAAGCCCUCCACGCUGCGGCCGCUGUCCCCUCCGGACCAUGGCCGACGACGACGUGCUGUUCGAGGAUGUGUACGAGCUGUGCGAGGUGAUCGGCAAGGGUCCCUUCAGUGUUGUACGACGAUGUAUCAACAGAGAAACUGGGCAACAAUUUGCUGUAAAAAUUGUUGAUGUAGCCAAGUUCACAUCAAGUCCAGGGUUAAGUACAGAAGGUAAGAGAUGGAUUUCAAAUCUAAAGCGGGAAGCCAGUAUCUGUCAUAUGCUGAAACAUCCCCACAUUGUAGAAUUAUUGGAGACAUAUAGCUCAGAUGGAAUGCUUUACAUGGUUUUUGAAUUUAUGGAUGGAGCGGAUCUAUGUUUUGAAAUCGUAAAACGAGCUGACGCUGGUUUUGUAUACAGUGAAGCUGUAGCCAGUCAUUACAUGAGACAGAUACUGGAAGCUCUGCGCUAUUGUCAUGAUAACAACAUAAUUCACAGAGAUGUGAAGCCUCACUGUGUUCUACUGGCCUCAAAGGAAAACUCAGCACCUGUCAAGCUUGGAGGCUUUGGGGUAGCUAUUCAAUUAGGGGAGUCUGGACUUGUAGCUGGAGGACGUGUUGGAACACCUCAUUUUAUGGCUCCAGAAGUUGUCAAAAGAGAGCCUUAUGGAAAACCUGUAGAUGUCUGGGGUUGUGGCGUGAUCCUUUUUAUCCUGCUAAGUGGUUGUUUGCCUUUUUAUGGAACCAAGGAAAGAUUGUUUGAAGGCAUUAUUAAAGGGAAAUAUAAGAUGAAUCCAAGGCAGUGGAGCCAUAUCUCUGAAAGUGCCAAAGACCUAGUGCGUCGCAUGCUGAUGCUGGAUCCAGCUGAAAGGAUCACUGUUUAUGAAGCGCUGAAUCACCCUUGGCUUAAGGAGCGGGAUCGUUAUGCCUACAAGAUUCAUCUUCCAGAAACAGUAGAGCAACUGAGGAAAUUCAAUGCAAGGAGGAAAUUAAAGGGUGCAGUUCUAGCAGCUGUGUCAAGUCACAAAUUCAACUCAUUCUAUGGGGAUCCCCCUGAAGAGUUGCCAGACUUUUCUGAAGACCCUACCUCCUCAGGAGCAGUCUCACAGGUGCUAGACAGCUUGGAAGAAAUUCACGCACUUACAGACUGCAGUGAAAAGGACUUAGAUUUUCUGCACAGUGUUUUCCAGGAUCAGCAUCUUCACACACUACUAGAUCUGUAUGACAAAAUUAAUACAAAGUCUUCACCACAAAUCAGGAAUCCUCCAAGUGAUGCUGUACAGAGAGCCAAAGAGGUAUUGGAAGAAAUUUCAUGUUACCCUGAGAAUAAUGACGCAAAGGAACUAAAGCGUAUUUUAACACAACCUCAUUUCAUGGCCUUACUUCAGACUCACGAUGUAGUGGCACAUGAAGUUUACAGUGACGAAGCACUGAGGGUCACACCUCCUCCCACCUCUCCCUAUUUAAAUGGUGAUUCUCCAGAAAGCGCCAACGGAGACAUGGAUAUGGAGAACGUGACCAGAGUUCGGCUGGUCCAGUUCCAAAAGAACACAGAUGAACCAAUGGGAAUCACUUUAAAAAUGAAUGAGCUAAAUCAUUGUAUUGUUGCAAGAAUUAUGCAUGGAGGCAUGAUUCACAGGCAAGGUACACUUCAUGUCGGUGAUGAAAUUCGAGAAAUCAAUGGCAUCAGUGUGGCUAACCAAACAGUGGAGCAGCUGCAAAAAAUGCUUCGAGAAAUGCGGGGGAGUAUCACCUUCAAGAUCGUGCCAAGUUACCGCACUCAAUCAUCAUCCUGUGAGAGAGAUUCCCCCUCCACUUCCAGACAGUCCCCAGCUAAUGGUCAUAGCAGCACUAACAAUUCUGUUUCGGACUUGCCAUCAACUACCCAACCAAAAGGACGACAGAUCUAUGUAAGAGCACAAUUUGAAUAUGAUCCAGCCAAGGAUGACCUCAUCCCCUGCAAGGAAGCUGGCAUUCGAUUCAGAGUUGGUGACAUUAUCCAGAUUAUUAGUAAGGAUGAUCACAAUUGGUGGCAGGGUAAACUGGAAAACUCCAAAAAUGGAACUGCAGGUCUCAUUCCUUCUCCUGAACUUCAGGAAUGGCGAGUAGCUUGCAUCGCCAUGGAGAAGACCAAACAGGAGCAGCAGGCCAGCUGUACUUGGUUUGGCAAGAAAAAGAAGCAGUACAAAGAUAAAUAUUUGGCAAAGCACAAUGCAGUGUUUGAUCAAUUAGAUCUUGUUACAUAUGAAGAAGUAGUAAAACUGCCAGCAUUCAAAAGGAAAACACUAGUCUUAUUAGGUGCACAUGGUGUUGGGAGAAGACACAUAAAAAAUACCCUCAUCACAAAGCACCCAGACCGAUUUGCAUACCCUAUUCCACAUACAACCAGACCUCCAAAGAAAGAUGAAGAAAAUGGAAAGAAUUAUUACUUUGUAUCUCAUGACCAAAUGAUGCAAGACAUCUCUAAUAAUGAAUACUUGGAGUAUGGCAGCCAUGAGGAUGCGAUGUAUGGGACAAAACUGGAGACCAUACGGAAGAUCCACGAGCAGGGGCUGAUUGCAAUACUGGACGUGGAGCCUCAGGCACUGAAGGUCCUGAGAACUGCCGAGUUUGCUCCUUUUGUUGUUUUUAUUGCUGCACCAACUAUUACUCCAGGUUUGAAUGAGGAUGAAUCUCUUCAGCGUCUGCAGAAGGAGUCUGAUAUCUUACAGAGAACAUAUGCACACUACUUUGAUCUCACAAUUAUCAACAAUGAAAUUGAUGAGACAAUCAGACAUCUAGAGGAAGCCGUCGAGCUCGUGUGCACAGCCCCGCAGUGGGUCCCAGUCUCCUGGGUCUAUUAGGCCUCUCCCCAGAUAUCUGACGUAUAACUGGGAGCCACCUCAUACAUGGAAACGCCUCUUUGUUAUCGACCUUGUGUCAGCAGGUCGUGGUCCCUAGAGACUACCUAGUUGUAGUGUGACCUACAUUUAUAAUUAUUGUCAUGUCCGAAUAGGUAGGAGGAGAAAAACAAUUACACACUAAUUUAAAGAGACAGUAUCUUUUUUAAUCAGUUCUCCUAAACUUUAAUAAAAUGUAUCUUUAAAUGUAUGUAUUAUUCAAUCCUUUGGAAUGUUAUAUUUUUGGAAAUCAUAGCUUUUUAUUUCCAAGGCCCCUAAAAACUGCACAAAAUAGAUGCUGCUUUCUAUAAUCUAUUUUAAUAAUAAUAAACAAUGAUUCUGUUACCUUGAGUGGGGGUGGAACACUACAUUCUUUUUAGAGUCUGAUUUUAUGGAUUGGAAUAUCUUUCUUUCCUUUAUUUAUUUGAAAUAAUCAGUCUAGUGAUUACAAAACAGUCAUAAAUUUUUAAAGGCCUUUUUUCUCUCUUUUUUUUUAGAAUAGUAUUUUUUUUAAGUCCUUUAUGUAACAUCCAGAUAAUGUGAUACUGUCUCUUUGAAGCACCCUGUAAACCUUUUAGAGAUUUGAAGUUGGGUCUUGACUCUUAAUGCAUGUGGACAGUCGCGAGCGUUUAUACUGUCGGUGUGUCUGUGUUGGACAAAACGAUCUGUAAUCUACAGCCAAGUACAUUCCGUUCAUGGGGCACACCCAGGGGAAUAAGAAUAAAAUGCUAUUAUGACUAAGUUGUAAACCUAUGCACAUCCCUUGCAUUUCGGGCAACUUUAUAAAAAAAAAAAAAACAACUGAUUUUUAUUAAUAAUAAUCAUGUAGUGAAAUGUGUUUGUAAUUUUGUCUCAAUUUAAUUUGUUGUAAGGUGGGAGGGGGAAUUGCUGGUUUCACCAUUUCAGAUCUGUGUUGUCUGAGAGUAUUAACGUUUUAAUUAAGCAAAGAAAUGAUGAUUUUUAAUAUGUAUGUAAUUGUUUUAAAGCACCCAUUUUAAGAGAAUAUACUGUGCAAUGAAGAAACCAGUUUAGACAUUUGCUAUAAACUGAAUUACUCCAAAAGAAUAAUCUAUAACAGCCCUGUAAAUUCCUUUAAAAUGAUAACUAACAGGACAAUUUGACCAAUUCUUUUUAAAUAUACUUCCUUUUAUGUGUUCAAUAAUUAAAUGCUUUUGGGUCCUUCAUUUUAUUAUAGAUUUGUUCAGGUUUACAAGCCGAUAAUCUUUUACAUUUUAGAAUCCAUUAAAUGUUCAUUGAACCAUCAAAGGCCCAGGAAUGACUAUCAGUUGGCAGGACAACAAAAUACUCUGCCAGAGCACAGCUCAAACCAAGCCUGGCUCCCAGAGCAUACACACAGUGCACCCAAGGGCCACCAAAGUACUAGAGGCCAUCUGUGGUUUUUCCUUCCUCUUGCUAUAUCCCUUGGCACAGGAGAAUCACCUUUCCUUGUUGCUUUAGAACAUUUACCAUCUCAUCACCCUUCCAUGAAGUCACAUCCUUCCAAUAUAGGAGACUCAGGCUGGGCGUUUUCUGACUCUUCGCCAGAGGUCAGUGGAAGGUUUUUCAUUAGAGUGUCAGGGUGUGUGAAGUGGUUCUAUUAACCUGUGAUCCUUGAAAAAAUACCAUCGUGUUUGCUUCUUGUUAGUUAGAUGGCCUCAUCUCUUUGUGCCUUGGCAGGAUGUGCAGGGUGCGUUCUGAGCUGUACAGCUCCUCCUGAAGGACCGCACGGAGAAGACAUUUGUAUACUCCUUUUACAGUGUCAUUCCCCCCCCCACACACACACACACACAUACUCUUAUUAAAUGAUACUGAGUUUUUUCUCUAAUGUUGUCUUUAGUCAGUGACCAGAUGAAUCUGCAACUUGCUAACAAAAUGUUGAAUGAACUGCUUCUGUUGGGGCUCCACAGCAGGGUGACCGUACCACCAAACCAGAGACACCCUAGACGGAGAGGGAAACCUCAAGAAUUGUUAGGUCUGUGUUAGGAUUGAUUCAAAUCUGAUGCCAGGGCCAGAAAAUCAUUCCCGUGAUUGUACUCACCACAAUCCAGGCUCUUCUCAUUGUGAAAGGGCCCACUCUACCUCUUUUCCAGUGAAGCACAAAGAAAAGUACAGCUAAUACAUGGGGAACAGAAACACCCUCCCUCUGGUGGAAACCCUCAUGCCCCAACAUGCCCUUUUAGACCAAAUCUCCAGAGAUGCUGAGGAUGCCUGGCUUAAGCCAUCCACUGUGUUGAUAAACAUGGAUCAAGCAGAGCAAUGCCAAUUUAAAUGUCUGCGACCCCAGAAUUGAGAAGCAUUGUAGCUCCAGUUCUCUCUUCCCGAUUGCUUUAUGCAUCUUUGGGGAAGCACACAGGCAGGCAUUGCUUUUGCCAUUGUGCAGAUGCCAGAAGUCUUGCACCCAGAACUGUCUGACUUCUCAAAGAGGUCAUCUGUUCCAUUCCACUAAUAAACAUCUUCUCUAAAGCAGUGUCUUUAUGACCUAGCAGAAAAUACUUAAAUAUCUGAAUUCAGAGUAAUUUCAGUACAUUGCUGCUGCCACUACGUUACAGUUGUCCACUUAGCAAUCAGAGAAAAAUACUGAAAAGCUUUAUUUCUUUCAUUCUAGCAGGAAAACCAUCUUUUGUUUUCCUUUUAAAUGCCAGAGCAAAUGAUUAGAUUAUUAAAUCUAAGAACUGGUUAAAUGAGCCACAUUCUGAGGGUUCUCAACUCCACCCAAACCCCACUCCCCAUAGCAAAAAAAGGGGAUGUUUUCAAUAUGUUGAAUUAUUUGUUUAAAAUAAAUGUCCAGAUUUUCUAAGCAUAAGGCUGUAAUUACUUUGCUCAUGCAGUGCAUUCAAUGUUAAUGCUAAAAAGGAAAAUUUCAAUUCAUCUGGAAGUUUUUCAGAGUCAACAUGAUAUGGUAGCCCUUUAAAAUGCAAUUAAAUGUAUCCCCUGUCAGGUGAGAUGGUUUGAAAUAUUUGCUCAGAGAGGAAAAGAAAUAGAUGGCACACUUCUCGCUAUUUGCAUUCAGAAGGCUCUUCUGAGCCCAUCCUAUUGGUGGCAGAAUAUCUAAAGAUGCUGCAAAGCCUUCACUGCAUUGAGGGAGGCAGCAAGCGCUCCUCUUCCCCAAGUUCAAUUCCAUCUCCCACUGCUGGGGCCAGCCAGUCAAGCCUGGACUCAGUGCUACGAUGGUCCUUUUAAAGCCUUCAAUCUCAUUACUGCAGAAGAGGGUCUUUGUUUUUAAAUUGCUUGUAGUUAUCUGUUCAUUAAGGCUUUUGAGUUCAUUCCUUGAAAAAGUGUAGCCAUUUGAGCCACUUUUGGAGAAAUAGGACAGAGGAGAUGCCCAAACUGAACACUGUCCCUUAAGGACAGGUGGCCAAAGCAAAGUCUCUUGUCUUCCACUAAUGUGAUGUCCUUUUCGUCAUUUCAGGUCAGUUUCAACUCGCAGAGAGAACCUGCUGCUAAAGCUAGCAAAAAAAUUUCUUGAUUAAUAAAUUCUCAAUUAUAAUGCCUCCCAUGCUGUCUCCUUGGAAAAAAGGAAAAGGCACCUUGCAAUUGGCAUUCCAAAACAAGCCCUUUAAGGACCUCCUGCCUUCCUCCUUCUUGUUUCUUAUCAUCAAACUGGUGUGUUGGGGGGCAGGGAAGGGUUUGUUUUUCCAGAACUGAGCAUGGCCUCCUAAUUCCAUCCUCUUUACAAGGGCUUAUGAUACUGAGGCUGAUUACAGCAUGUCAUAAGUUAAAGGUCCCUGAGUACUUUUCUCUUGUUCUGCGCCUCUAAUUAAUUCUCCUCUUAGAAAGAUAUUUUGCUUCCCACUGCAGUUUACACAAGGGCUAAAAGUUUUAAUCGUGAAUCAUUUCAUUUGGUAGAGCUUUUCUCUUACCCCUUUCAAAGUAAGGUUUUCUUCUCCAUUUGGUGUCCUCAAUUACAAGACUAUGCCCAUAAGGCUUAAUGCUUGAUUGGCUUUGCCCACACUUACUUGUCAGUUUGCCUUAAACAUGGAGCAAUUGGAAGUCUCAGGUCUUCUAGGUUAGCGAGUGAAGUUUAGCUGUGACACGUGUCCAGGAAGUGGAAAAGAGGGAGGAGAGUAUGUUCAUCAGUCCACAUCCCUUUUAUCUGGUCUUUUCUCUGCCACUCUUGGGCUGCAGACCCAGCCCACAGAGAGAGGAGGAGGAGGGUCAUGCCAUCUCUAAGAAAGGCACUGCCAAGUCUUAGGUCUUCGGGGAGGAGUUGAAGAGCCAGAGCUCCCACCACCUUUCACCUGACCCUCCAUCAACUCUCUUGAACCUGUGCAAAUGGACCAAGCAAAAGAAAAUGGAAAGAGAUGUUUGUCACCACACAGGAGACCUCGUUUCUGGCCCCAAGCACAACUCCAUAUCUACGUAUGCUCAGAAACUCAGAAUUUCACUGCCACGUAUGUGUUAGCUCCAUUCUCUCUGGCACAAGACGAAGGGAACGUGUCAGUGUUCUCACCAACAGAGGCCUGGGGGUGACCAUCUCGGGACCCAGAGCACAUGCCAUCUCUUAAAAGGAGUUCUGCUUGGGAGUAGAAAUAGACAUUCCUCCACAGUGAGUGGCCCAUUUUGUUUUUUAAGAGACCAAGAAUCGGGGGAAUUAAUUUCCAGUCUCAGCUGUAUCCUGGAAUGGCACUUAUGCAGGCAGGUGGGGAAACUGUGGGGGCAGCAGGCAGGGUGACUGAUGCGAAGGCCACAUGAGCCUCACAUGCUCAGACCAGAGCAUCAUGUUUAAUUGCAAUGCAGGCGCGUCGCCAUUCAAACUCAGUUCUGGGGUUGUUUUGCAUAAAAUUUUGCCAACGUGUUCUUUUUUCUGUAUUUAUAAUUGCCUUUUUAUAAAAGGUUUUGAAGUAUUGUCUCAGUGAUAAAAAGAGAGCGAUGUUAAUGGUUGUUGUAUAUUUCACCGUAUCAAAUUGUAAGUAUUUGCAGGGUACAGCAAAGCCUUAGCGUGCAAGAGCGUUUGUGCAGGAGGUGUUCUUCAACACCCAGGAGGUGAAGGGAUCAGAAAGGUUUGGAUUCUCUGUAAAUGUCCCGCUUUUCUUUCUCUGUGUGUGUAUCUAUUUACAUGCCUUAGCACACGCUCUCCCGCCAUGAUCCCUUUGCCCUGUCGCCAGAACUAUCAGAACACUGGUGCAUUGCCAGUACAGUACAAGUUGAUGGAACCCUAAUCAGUUAUCUCUUGUGUGACAGGGGAGGAAGAGAAACUCCAUAGUAUUCUUUGUAGAAUAUACAUACUUGUAGGAUGCUGUGUAAUGGGAAACCAUAGGAUUGGGCUUUUGUCAUUUCAAAGUUGGAGAAAUGUAUGAAUAAAAUGUAUAAAACACGAAAA